GAAGUGCCCAGUUCCAUUUAUUCAAUUGCCCCGUUGACUAACAGCUUGUUAAGUUCUCGCUAAGAUGGCCGACAAGAAGAAUCUGCUGCUGCUGUUCGAGCACCCGACGGAGCCCGUCUUCAUGGACAAGGGCAAGAAGGUGACCGUGUUCGAUGUGCCCGACAACUAUCUGACCGAUCGCUAUCGCCCCAUCAGCAACGAGGUGCAAAGCCGUGUCGGCGAGAAGGUCGAGCAACGUGUCCCGGUGCGUGAGAUUUCCAUUCCGGAUCUGCGCAUACCCAUGUCUCUGGGCCGCGACGAGCAGUUCUCGCUGUUCAUACCCAAGCAUCGACGCAUCGCUGGCCGCCUCAUCGACAUCUUUGUGAACAUGCGCAGCGUCGACGAUCUGCAGAGCGUAGCGGUCUAUGCCCGCGAUCGUGUCAAUCCGGUCAUGUUCAACUAUGCGCUGUCCGUGGCGCUGUUGCAUCGUCCCGACACCCAGGGCCUGGACCUGCCCUCGUUCGCCCAGACCUUCCCCGAUCGCUUUGUUGACUCGCAGGUGUUCCGCGAGCUGCGCGAAGAGUCGUUCGUGGUUCAGCCGGGCUCGCGCAUGCCAAUUGUCAUACCGCGUGACUAUACCGCAUCCGAUUUGGAGCCGGAGCAUCGUCUGUGGUACUUCCGUGAGGAUCUGGGCAUCAAUCUGCAUCAUUGGCAUUGGCAUUUGGUCUAUCCCUUCGAGGCCUCCGACCGCAGCAUUGUGGACAAGGAUCGCCGCGGCGAGCUCUUCUAUUACAUGCACGAGCAGGUCUUGGCUCGUUAUAACAUGGAACGGUUCAGCAACAAUCUGGCCCGCGUCCAGCCGUUCAACAAUCUGCGCGAGCCCAUUGUCGAGGGCUAUUUCCCCAAGAUGGACUCCCUGGUGGCCAGUCGGGCGUGGCCGCCGCGCUUCGAUAACACACGUCUGGGCGAUCUGAAUCGCGAACAGGAUCAGAUCAAUGUGGAGCUGGGCGACUUGGAGCGCUGGCGCGAUCGCAUCUUCGAGGCCAUCCACCAGGGCUUUGUCCUGGACGAGCGUGGCCAACGCAUGGAUUUGGAUGAGGCACGCGGCAUUGAUAUACUGGGCAAUAUUGUGGAGUCCUCUAUUCUGUCGCCCAAUCGCACCCUGUAUGGCGAUCUGCACAACUUUGGGCACGUUUUCAUCUCCUACUCACACGACACAAACAACAAGCACUUGGAAUCGUUCGGCGUGAUGGGCGACUCCUCGACGGCGAUGCGCGAUCCGGUCUUUUACAGAUGGCACGCCUACAUCGAUCGCAUCUUCCAGGAACACAAGACCCGUCUGCCCGCCUACACGGACACCCAGCUCAACUAUUCGGGCAUCUCCAUAACGGGCGUCCAGGUGGCCGCCAACGGCAGCCAGCCAAAUGUGCUGACCACCUUCUGGCAGCAGUCGGAUAUGGACUUGUCGCGCGGCUUCGAUUUCACGCCACGCGGCAAUGUCUUCGCCCGUUUCACCCAUCUGACCCACUUGCCCUUCACCUACACGAUCAAUGUGAACAACGACGGAGGCGCCCAGCGCUUUGGCUAUGUGCGCAUCUUCUUGGCGCCCAAGAAUGACGAACGCGGCCAGCCCAUGCUGAUGCGCGAGCAGCGCCUCAUGAUGGUCGAGCUGGACAAGUUUGUCGUCUCCCUAAAUCCCGGCCCGAAUACCAUACGCCGUCGCUCCACAGAGUCCAGCGUGACCAUACCCUUUGAGCGCACCUUCCGCAAUCUGGAGACGAAUCGUCCGGCCGCCGGCAGCGCCGAGGAGCUGGAGUUCAAUUUCUGCGGCUGUGGCUGGCCAAAUCACAUGCUUAUACCCAAGGGCCUGCCCGAGGGUCUGCGCUGCGAUCUCUUUGUCAUGGUGUCCAACUAUGAGAACGACAGGAUUGAUCAGCAGCUGGUGGGCCGCUGCAGCGAUGCGGCCAGCUAUUGUGGGGUGCGCGAUCGUCUCUAUCCCGAUCGCCAGUCCAUGGGCUAUCCCUUCGAUCGGCUGCCGCGCACUGGCGCCGAUCGCCUGGUCAACUUCCUGACGCCCAACAUGAGCAUUGUCGAUGUCAGCAUUCGCCACGAGAAUCGCACCACCCAACGCCAGGCCUAGUUACAGUUCUCAACUCUGGCUGAUGACAAUGAUGAUGACAACGACCUUCGCAUAGAUAUAAUCAUAAUCAUAUAGUACUUGGCAAUAGCCUAUAUUGCAUCUUGAUUGAGCUGUUAAUAAAACGCAUCAUGGCA